AUGAAGGAAUCAAAAGAAUAUAUAAUUAAGAUUACAGGGACAGGUGAAGAAGCUCUUCCAAGUGACAUAGAAAGUGAGUCAGUUGUUGAAAUUGAUGCAAAGAAAGAGCAGGAUCUAGUGCAUAAAUUUGACCGAAAGCUAUUGCCAAUGUUUGCCGUAGUUUAUUUUCUAUCGUUCUUAGAUCGGGCAAAUAUUGGAAAUGCUAAAAUUGCGGGAAUGUAUGAACAAUUGAGUUUAAACGAUUCGCAGUAUUCUGUUGCUGUAUCCAUUUUCUAUGUUACUUACAUUCUUUGCGAAGUUCCAGCUGUAUUGAUGCUAAAAAAGCUCGGCCCCCAUCGCUUUUUAUGUGCUGUAAUAUGUUGUUGGUCUUUAGUAACUAUUUUCACUGCAUUUGUUAGAGAUUAUUGGUCUCUUGUUUUAUGUCGAUUGCUUCUUGGUGUUGAAGGUGCAUACUUCCCGGCAGUCCUGCUUAUGUUGUCUAUGGUCUAUAAGCGUGAAGAACAAACAAGACGCUUAAGUUACCUCUAUGUAUGUUCAUGCUUUUCGGGUGCAUUUGGUGGUUUAAUAGCUACAGGUAUUACAAAUAUUAAACCUACCGGCAUGAUGGAUAGUUGGUCGUGGUUAUAUAUUAUUGAGGGUUGUCUUUCCUUUAUCGCUGCGUGGUGGAUAUUUUUUUGUUUGCCAGAUGAUCCUGCUAACGCCAAUUUUUUAAAUGAAGAAGAGAAAGAUAUUAUGAAAAUCAGGGAAGAGCAAAGGAAGCAAUAUAUGGGGAGUUCCAAAUUUGAUAAAAAAGAAUUUUUCCUUGCAUUAAAGGAUCCUAAAUUAUUCAUUUCUUGCACAAUUCAAUUCUGUGUUGACGUGGUUUUAUACGGUUAUGCAACAUUUUUACCCUCCAUUUUAAAGCUCCAAUUAGGAUUUGAUUCGAUGAAAGCUCAAUAUAUGACAGUUCCUGUUUACACGGUAGCAGCAAUAUCUGUUUAUUCUUUUUCGUUUUUAUCUGACAAAAAGAACGUUAAAUCUCAAAUAAUUUUCGGUGUCAAUGGCAUGGGCAUGGUUGGCUAUAUUAUACUUUUAACUUCAUCAUCUGCGGGUGCAAAUUAUUUUGCAACCUUUUUAAUUGCUAUUCCAUUAUACACUUCUGUUGCAUUGAAUAUUACUUGGCUUAAUAAUAAUAUGGCACCACAUUACAGGCGUGCGACUGCCCUUGGGUUCAAUCAAACAUUUGGAAAUUUAGCCGGUGUUGUUGCGGGUCAAGUUUAUAGAGCACCUCCUUAUAAGCUAGGAAAUGGGUUCUCAUUAGGCUGCACUGUUGUUGCAAUGAUUUUUACAUCUAUAAUGCAUGUAUAUUUGAGGUCCCAAAAUAAAGAAAAAGAAGCCAUUAUGAAUGGAGAUAAUGAAGAUAAGAAGGUGGAUAGAACAGGAUGCGAUAGUCUUGAUUUCACUUAUGUUUAUUGA